ACCUGUGAAACACACAUUCAUCUGUCUCAUUUGAGGAAAUAUCAUAUUCCGGAGGAAUGCCUUCAUCUCAACACAUCGCAUAACAAUAUGAGCAUGGCUUCAAACCUCACAUAUGGAUUGAACCCUACAGAUGGGCCCAGUAAAAGCACUGGUGGUGUGAUCCUGCUCUCGCUCACUCUCUCGGCAUUAGCUGUGUUGACCACGGCCAUGAACUGCUUGGUCAUUUCAGCCAUCAUUGUGACGCGCAAACUGCACCAUCCUGCCAACUAUCUCAUCUGCUCUCUGGCUGUGACCGAUCUGUUAGUGGCCAUACUAGUGAUGCCCUUCAGCAUCGUGUAUAUCGUGAAGGAGACGUGGGUCUUGGGACAAGUGAUGUGCAACAUCUGGUUAAGUGUGGACAUAACCUGCUGCACAUGCUCAAUUUUACACCUGGCAGCUAUAGCUGUUGACCGUUAUAGGGCCAUCACAGAUGCUAUAGAGUACUCAAGGAAGAGAACAUCUCUACAGGCCGCUGUGAUGAUCAGUGUGGUUUGGCUUCUCUCCAUAUUUGUCUCUCUGCCUCCACUGAUUUGGAGACACUAUAAAAACACAAAAGAGGAUGUGUGCAUUAUUAAGCACGAUCACAUCGUCUUUACUCUUUACUCCACAUUUGGGGCUUUCUACAUUCCCCUUAUACUCCUUCUCAUUCUCUAUUAUAAGAUCUACCGUGCAGCCAAGACUCUUUACCACAAGAGAGGGACCAGCUGCCUCAACAAGCCAGAGAUGAAUGGACACAUGCUUCCCAAGUGCAGUGACAGGGAGCCAACGACACCCGACACACUGAGUCCUCCAGAGAAAUCUUUGUCUGAACCAUCCACCGAAGGUGACAGAGUGCGCAUCACGGCAAAAAGCCCAAAGUCUCAGUCUUGCAGAGAGAGGUCUGUCAGGCGACAUUGCAUCUCAAGCACGCGUGAAAAGAAGGCAGCCACCACUCUUGGCCUCAUUCUAGGGGCGUUUGUUAUCUGCUGGCUGCCGUUCUUCAUCCAUGAGUUGUUUGUGAACAUCUGUAGCUCCUGCGGCCUCCCCUCUGCCGAGAUGUCCAACUUUCUGACUUGGUUGGGUUAUCUCAACUCGCUCAUCAACCCCCUGAUCUACACCAUCUUCAAUGAGGAUUUCAAAAGCGCUUUUCAGAGGUUGAUCAAGUGCAAGAAUUGUCCUUAGCACAAACAAGGGGAUUAUGUCAUGUGAAGUAUGAACUGAA